AGGCUUGCAGAGUCUGAGCACACCGCAAAGUCGUAGAUGCCGGCAAAUUUGACGUUUCGAAAGGUUCCUGGAUUGGAGGCCACGUUGUACAACAGGAUUUCAUUAAUAAAGGAUUGCCAUACAUGUUUUGUAUAGGGUUCUCACUCUAUGUAUGACCUUGUUGGUUCCCCUUUCGGUAUUUGCAAACCUCUUGCUUGACAAUCUUGGGAUUUAGUCGAACAAGAUAAAAAAACAAAGGACUGUUACACAAAAAAAUAAUUAAGAAAGAUGGUGGAGGAGAAGAAGCUGACAGGGAAGUCAAGGUUUAAAAGAGUAUGCGUUUUCUGUGGGAGCACUACAGGCAAGAGAGACUGCUACAGUGAUGCUGCUGUUGAACUUGGACAAGAGCUGGUUUCGAGGAAGUUGGACCUUGUUUAUGGAGGAGGAAGUGUUGGAUUAAUGGGCAUAGUUUCUCGAGAGGUUUAUCGCGGUGGUGGACACGUACUAGGAAUCAUCCCCAGAAGUCUAAUGUGCAGAGAGAUAACUGGGGAAACAAUCGGGGAGGUAAGACCUGUAGCCGACAUGCAUCAAAGGAAAGCUGAGAUGGCCCGCCAUUCUGACUGUUUCAUUGCCCUUCCAGGAGGGUAUGGAACUUUGGAAGAGCUGCUAGAAGUCAUUUCUUGGGCCCAGCUUGGAAUCCACGACAAGCCUGUGGGUUUGCUAAAUGUGGAAGGCUACUACAACUAUCUCCUCACCUUCAUAGACAAAGCCGUGGAUGAGGGCUUUAUCCAGCGCACCAUAAUCGUCUCUGCUCCUAACGCUAGCGAACUCGUUCAAAAACUCGAGGACUACGAGCCAGUGCAUGAUGGAGUGAUUGCAACGGCUAAAUGGGAGGGCGAACAAGUGGAGCUCAAUGCGUGCUUGUACGCAGAUACUGCUCGUUAA